AGUCUUUAUGUAGGAGGUUUAUGGGGGAGGGAGUGAAGGUAAACCUUAUCCUUGUAGCCCGUGUCUAAUCCACCAGCUUAAUCUGAUCAUUGGGUUACUUCUACACUCUUCCUAUCAUUAUCUGUGACAAUGAUGGCAGGAGCGAGACACUUCAUCGUUUCAGUGCUCGUAUUGGGCAUAACUCACGUGGCAGCCCAGGUUGAGGAACUUGAUGGCAGGUUUAUGGAGUACAGAAAGACUGAACCAUGGCUGGUGGAGUUCUACGCUCCGUGGUGUGAAUACUGUAAGACGUUUGACCUGAUCUGGUAUGAGGUUGCCGAUGAGUUGAAGAGUAUGGGCUCUCCGGUUAACGUGGGCAAGAUGGACACUACAGUCUACACGGAUGCCGUCAGUGAGUUUAACAUUCGUGGAUACCCAUCCAUCAUCCUAGUAAAAGGAGAGAAGCGUUUUGACUAUCGAGGCCCGAGGACGAAAGACGCCAUCCUUGAAUUUACCAGCAGGGUCUCUGGCCCCACCGUACGAUCCCUGACCAGUGUGCAGCUUUUUCAGCACGUCCUCAGCCGGCAUGAGCUUUUCUUUCUUUAUAUCGGAGGAAGGUCACCACUGAAGAGCCAGUUUUAUAAAGCAGCAGCUGAAUUUGUCGUCCACAACUAUUUCUUCUCAGCCACAGAAGAGGUUUUACCACAGACAGUCACGCUGGAAGCUCUGCCCUCUGUCGCAGUGUUUAAGGACGGAACGUUUUACACCUACGACGAGGAGCGUGAUGGGAAUCUGUCGUCCUGGGUGGACCGAGAACGUUUUCCUCGUUACUUCCAGAUGGACAGCUUCACACUCUACCAGAUGGGGGAACGAACGAAGCUUGUAGCUUUAGCCGUGGUGGAUGAGAAGAACCCAACAACACAGGGGAUUCGUUAUAGAACCCUCGUAGAAAAAGUGGCGACUGAACACAGAGAUGAAUACAACAUGAACUUUCAGUUCGGCUACGUGGAUGGAAAUGAGUACGUCAACGGCGUCAUCAUGGGUGAAUUAGCAAUGCCGUCUCUCAUCGUGAUAAACAUGACGACUGAUGGAUACUACCUACCUCAACGUGAGGUCGAGACUGUCGAAGACCUGCUUCAAUUCCUCAACAGCAUCCUGCUGGGAAAAUCUGAGUUACUCGGAGGGAACGGAUUCCUGCGGCGCAUGAAAAGACUUUACUAUCGAGCCACGACCACCAUUCAGACCAGCUUCGCGUCAGCUCCCUACCUCACCUGCUUCAUGUUCUCACUGCCGAUGGGCGUGAUCGGAUUCAUCAUCGUAGGGAUCUGUACGGCUGAACGGGUGGAGGACGAUGGCGCUGAAGAUGGUCCUGCUCGUCCUGCCAUCACUCACAGGAAGAAAGCUCAAGCCAAGAAGAAGGAUUAGAGAGACUACGAGUGGUGAUUGAAGAACCGCCCAACUGUUCAUCAGUGGUUAUGACGAUGGUUGUCAGCCUGGUCCUGGACCACCAUUACUGUGCCUGUUUUAGUUUUCUCCCCUCUAACAUAUGUUGAUGUAUUUAUAAGAUAUAAAAUAAUGAACAAAAAUGCAAAAUAACAUGUAUACUCCAGGACCAGGGUUAGAAACCACUGUGUUAAACCAAUGUGACAGAGCAUUAAUAAAAUAUUGAUUGUAAAAACUGCAAAAAA